AGGGCCCUGGCCGCAGUUGAUGAUCGCGGCCGAGUCUUGACUACUUGCCCCAGCAAGCAUCGGAUGCUGCUUCCUGCACCCAUGCGGCUGCAUGCAUGAGAGACACAGGCACCACAAGCACCAGCCGCCUUCAAUAUUCUACAAAAAGAACGAGCACCCCGUUCUGACCGCUCACAUUUCGAAUGCAAAAUCUUUUUCCAGCCUCGCUCGCUCAAUUCGUCUCUCCUCCACGACUCCUCUCGGUCGUUAGGAUUGCCUCAUCAUGGCUUCCACCGUCGCACUCGCCAGAGCGGCUGCGGGGACUGGUACUUCUCUCCAGAAAAUCCUUCAACAAUCGACCCCUGGAUUCGGCUUCAUGCAAGCUUUCUUCAAGACAUGGCUGAAGCUGGACCUCACCACUCUCGCGGCCGCUCUAACAAUCUUUGGCACAAUAUCAAGCGCCUUGGUGGUCCUGAAAGGAUUGGGCAUGAAGGUCUACUGGUGGUUCACAGCACUUUUUACUGCAUCAAUUUCUAUUGCAAGCAGCGACCGACUCAACAGGGAAAUUCUCAACUGGAUUGGGGCUCAAGUGUUGACCCGCCAAGCUACUCGAAUCCUCACAGCAAGAACGGAGACUAUCCAGAAUGAUGCAUGGCACCACCGAAGAAAUCAUGUAGAAAGAAACGACUUCAAUCACGAAAAGAGGGUUCCAAUUCAGUAUCUCCCCACUUUCGGUACCACAUGGUUCAUUUUCGAGCGAAAUGUGUUCUUGGUACGACGGAUCAAUACACAUCGAAGCUAUGUCAUGGGCGUGCCAGAUGAAUAUGCUGCGGCUCCCGAGGGAGAUGAACCUCUCGUCGUGAUGUGUCUGGGUCGCUCAGUGGAGCCUAUCAAGAGGUAUCUCAACACAUGCCGUGACUUUGCAGAGAAGCAGAGGGAGUCAUACAUCACAGUCCGCGCUUCCAAGCAACAGUACAAUAGAGACUCUUGGGAUGUGACAAUUUUGAGGCCAAUCCGACCUCUGGAGACAGUCCAUUUCGACGAGACCGCGAAAGCUGAGCUUGUCGCUGAUAUCAGAAACUACCUGGAUCCGAACACGCGCAAGUUUUAUACGGCCCGUGGCAUUCCCUACCGAAGAGGGUACCUUCUACAUGGUACGCCUGGAACUGGGAAAACAUCACUAUCUCUUGCCCUUGCCGGCUAUUUUGGUCUUGAACUUUACUUACUUCACCUUCCGGGUGUACGAUCGGACAGCGAGCUCGAAACUUUAUUCACAGCACUUCCACCAAGAUGUAUCGUCCUACUUGAAGACAUCGAUGCUGUUGGCAUUAAGCGGCAAGUCGAGAUGACUGAAGAUGAAGACGAUGAUGAUGAUAGUGACGAUGGCAAAUCGCGUUCUCGUUGUACUCUCUCCGGCGUUCUCAAUGUGAUCGAUGGCGUUGCUUCGCAGGAAGGCCGAAUCGUGCUGAUGACAUCCAACAUGGCUCACAAACUCGACAAAGCGUUGAUCAGACCAGGUCGGAUUGACAAGAUGAUCUUCCUUGACAAUAUCUCACAGAGAAGUGCAGAACUGAUGUUCCUACGCAUGUAUACUCCCGAUCCAAGUCAUCCAAACCUGAACCUCGACCUCAAAGAGGGGGCACUGCAAAGGCUCGCCUUGGAAUUCAGCAGCGCGAUCCCGGAUAAUACUUUCACUCCCGCCCAGCUGCAAGGAUAUUUACUGAAUCAUCGCAACUCCCCAGGCUUGGCUGCUUCGGAGAUGGGAGCUUGGGUGGCCGAUGAGGACAGAAAGAUGGAGGAAGCAAAGGCACAUGCCAAGAAAGUGGCAGAGUGGAAGGCCAAAAGAAGGCAGAGGAAGACGAUGGAAUUGUUGGCUAAGACUAUGGAGUCUGCUGAUCUCGGGGCUGCUGGUAAAGCCAUUGCUAAAGUAAAAGCAGUCGUCGAAAAUGAGAAGGGCGUAGAAGCGAAGGCGGAGGGACCCGUUGUCAAUGGAGAGAAGGAAGUAGAUAACGGAUUGAAGGAUACGAGCAAGAUGCAGGGACCUGUUGUUAAUGAGGAAUCUAGUGGAGACUCGAAGGAGAAAGAGUCCACGGAGACAACGGACCCGGUUGUCAACGGGGGAAAGAAUGGAGAUGAGAUGAAAAAUGAGUCAACAAAACCAGGAGAGCAAAUGAACGGCGAUUCAAGCCCAGACGAGGUUGUGAUCGACACUGAGGAGCCGACUGCCGAGAAAAUCAUUUGAUGGAAUUCAAGGGGCAUAAACAACAGCGAAGGCAGAACCAAUUGAAGCACAAGAGGCAAAAGAACAGCAAGAAUAAAAGGCAUAAAAGACGGAAAUAAACAUAAAUCAUGUGAGCGAGCAUCAAGGGGUGCCAGAAAGCAUUUCAAUAGAAAUAAUUCUACACUUUCAUCCCCUUU